GCUCAGGCCUGCAUACAGGGGUCACGACUGUGAAGGAAAAUAUCGAUGCGAUUAUCAAUAGAUUUCGUUGCAGAAGCAGAAUAGCAGAGUGAAGUAGUAUUUGUGUGGAGGCUAUGUAUAAAGAAAUUUACCCAGUAUAAUAUUAAUAUUCACAUCGCAAGUAGAAGGAACAGGAAACGCCAUGACUUCCUCUGCCUCGUCGAGCACGGCAUCCGGAUCCGCGUCGUCGGCAGCUGCUACCGCUCCGCGUCCAGCGACGUUUUCGGACCUUCUUGUGCAAAGUGGCGCCAAACGAAAAAAUGCGGAGGAAAACAAGGAAGAAACGACAGGGCUGGAGUACAACGAUUGGGUUAGUGCGCUGGAGAAAGCGCACAGCAGGAACUUUGAAAAACAAGCAGUGACAGCCGUGGUAAUAUUGUUUUGCUUGGUUUGCGUACCUACCUGGUGUCCUUUGUACCAUUCGCCAGUGUGUCGCUGCAGCUAAGUUGGAUCGAAAUCGAAUACAAUAAACUACAUAUUAAAUCAAUACAGGUGAACGCGUGGCAGUUCUGUGUUUUUCGUGGGCGCGCUCUAUCGACAAAAAUCCCAUUCGAAGUUAUCGGACUCGUACAGGAAUUCAUAGGCCCUCUCGCGUCCGCCAAGCCCAGCCAGCAGAUCGUGCUCAACCGUGGCACGCUGGAGGAAAUUUCGGACCUCGAGCGCGCUCGGGGGUACAAGCGAGCAGCAGAAUACUUCGUCAAACUCGCGCAGGAAGUCGCGGCGAAAGGUGGCCACUGUGUCGAGGUCACACGGGGUGUGCAUGAUAGUGCUCCAAAAAUGUCCGACGGAACAACGCCGGGCCUCAAGCAAGUUUUUGCUGUGCUCGACGAGAUGGGUUUCGACCUGCGCGACGCUAAUGACAAUACCGACGUGGUGAACGAUGACGAGUUCGACUUUUCGACGUACCCCCUUUUGAUCGAGUUCAACAUCGGCCCCGCAUUAGAGGACGAUGCUGAGCAGAUGAAGAGUUACGUAAGGGACCUUUUUGUGUCUCACCCAAGCCUGGCCCGCGGCAGAACUCAUGGCGGUCCGAAUAGCCGGCUCGCAAGAAUUUUUCACGAAGCUCUAAUAAAGGCGGAAGAUGCGGCUUAUCAGUAUGUAAUGCGGCUUGUCGAAGAGACCUUCGCAAGGGCCGAGUACCGCUUUGUUUUGACGGAGGCGAUCUAUGACGGUGCGCCAAAGUUGCCGAAUGGGCAAGCGUGUCCCAUGUUUCCGGACGAUGUGGAGAGGGUCUCCGGUGAUCAAUGCGAAAAGACAGAGGUAGGCAUUUUUGUCCGGCUAAAGAGAACAGACGGCAUCCACGUGGUCUGUGCGGAGAGGGAACACCGCUUCCCGAUAACUAUCGACGUCCUUUAUUGAAAGGGUCGCUACUUAUUAUGUUUGGCCCAACUCCUGAAUACGAAUAGGCGGAAAGUAAUUGCUGAACAAUGAUCGUUCACAUAGUGCCUCCAUCGGAGCGAAUCGUAUGUAAAGACUGAGUACGGGGGUCAACAACAAUAAUUCAUCUUUUUUGCGUCUGCUGAUAUGAUUCGUUGCUUGCGCUAUCUUCCUUCGGGAGAAAAUGAAAAGUGGCAAAAAAUGUUUCCUCCGGAGAUACAUUCAGUGCGUCAAUCAGUUGUCUUUCCAAAAAUACGCAGUACGGAUUCAGAGGAGACUACGAAUCAGAGGAGACAUAAGUAACAAGUACUGUUCCACCCAUUGGACAAAAAAUCUGAAUCGGUUCACCUGUGCAUCACUUCGGCGAUGAGAAAACGAAUUCUCAAUACUGCCC